GAGUGCAGCAGACAUCAUGUGACGGAGGAGUGGCCAAAAGAAAAAAUCAGGAAGCACAACGACGCAAGAAACAAGUCACGAGAAAGCUUUCAUCAUGGCCUACCAGGCUGGGAUUCCAGAGGAGCCCAGUGUUUUGGUUAACCAGAUCAGCUCCAACAUCCAGAAGAUCACACUGCUGACCUCCGAGCUGCAAAGGGCAAUCUCUGUGCUGGGAACUGAACAGGACAGCAGCCAGCUACUACAGACGAUUCAACAGAAGCAGCAACAAGGCAACCACUUGGCAAAGGAGACUGACCGACUGAUGAAAGCUUUUACUGCACUCCCAGUCGGACCUGAUCAGCGUCAGAGAAAGAUACAGAGAGAGCGCCUGCUGAACGACUUCUCCGCUGCUCUGAACAGCUUUCAAAAGUCGCAGCGAGAUGCCGCCAGCAAAGAGAAGGAGUUUGUGGCCAGAGUCAGAGCCAGCUCCAGACUGUCUCAGGGUGGUCAGCCUGAAGACAGCUUUCGAAAUGUUCCUCCUAUACCGAGUGAUUCCCAGAUACAGGUUCAGGCUGACGCUGUCACUGAAGAAGAUCUGAGACUGAUCCAGGAGAGAGAAUCAGCUCUAAGGCAGCUGGAGUCUGACAUCGUAGACAUAAAUGACAUCUUCAAGGACCUGGGUAUGAUGGUCCACGAGCAAGGAGACAUGAUAGAUAGCAUAGAAGCCAACGUGGAGAAUACCGAGACCAAUAUCCAGAAAGGGGUGCACCAGCUGGCCCGAGCUGCAGGCCACCAGCAAAGCUCCCGGAAGAAGAUUUGCAUUAUAUUGAUAGUGUUGGUUGUUGUUGCUGUUGUAGUAGGACUAAUCAUCUGGGGCUCCCUCAAAGCCUGAGGGCUUCCUCCUCCUCCUCCUGUGUUUAUCACCAUGGACCAAGAAUGAAAUUUCAUUCUUAAUCUUUUUCUUCUUCAAAAACUGACAGAGGGGGGG